GAGAGAGAGAGAGAGAGAGAGAGAGAGAGAGAGAGAGAGAGAGAGAGAGAAAAAGGGGGAGUGUGUGCAGUGGAGUAAAGUUUGAUGCAGUUAAACCUCAUUCCCGAGAGCUCAACAGAGCGACUGACAGCAGCGUCACUCGCCCAACUUUUUAGAACAAAUUAAAACAAACCAAAUAGGCCAGGGAUUACACAUCCCGUUAUUCCAAUCCAACCGGACACUCGACAGUCUCACAGGUACAAUGGGAGAGGACUCGUCCCACGCCGACCGGUGCAGCAUUUCCAGCUCCACUCCUGUCCUUCCACCGCUCCAACUACAAGCCGAGAGAGGGGACCUUCUCAUCCCGAGCUGCGGCGGCAGCCCAUCGCCGUCCGCGUCCGGCGGCACCCUCGCCCGCAUGGGCUUCAAGAUGCCCACCAGCCCUACCUCCCCGGGGGCCAGCAGCCCUGCAGACCGCGGGCAGGUGAGCGCCAUCACGGUGGUGGCGCUCCUGGACAAACUGGUGAACAUGAUGGACGCGGUGCAGGACAACCAGCAGCGGAUGGAGUCCCGUCAGGCCGAGCUGGAGGGCGCGGUGAAGUUGGUGCAGGGGGACAUGAACCGCCUGACCAAGACGCACAUGGCGACUGCCCACAGCGUCAACAAGCUGCUGGAGCGCUCGCGUAAGGUGGGCGACAGCAUGAAGGAGGUGAAGGAGCGCAUGGACAAGCAGGGCACCAUGGUGAAGCGGCUGGAGACCAACCACCACAACCUGCUCAAGAGGAACCACUUCAAAGUGCUCAUCUUUCAGGAAGACAGCGAGAUCCCCACCAGCGUGGUCGUCAACGACUCCCUCAAGUCGCCGCCCCCCAGCCAGUUCGAUGCCGAGUCGGUCCUGCCAGCCCCCUCUGUCGCGGGCUCUGCAGACGCCAACUUUGGCACCGACGAGGGUCUCCAGACCAUAAGCCUCACUUCCGAAGACGAGGCUCUGGCCUGUGAAGAGGAAGUCUUCCCGGAUUAUGAGGCCUCCGUGGCCCAGGGCAGCUCCAUCACCCUGGAGCGCUCCAGAGCGGACAAGCUGAAGCGCUCCAGCCUGAAGAAGGUGGACAGCCUGAAGAAGGCCUUCUCCCGCCAGAGCAUCGAGAAGAAGAUGACCCAGAUCGGCACCAAGAUCGUGCCCCCAGAGCGCCGCGAGAAGAUCAAGAAGAGCUUCACCCCCAACCACCCCAAGAGCCCCACCUCCAGGAGCUCCUCCUUCAAGGUGUCCCCCAUGACCUUCAAUGUGAAGAAGGUGCGCGACUCCGGGAUCUACGUGCAGGACGGCGGGGAGAUGGCCCAUGUGGAGAUCCCUGCUCUGGGCAGCAUGGACAGAGAGGCCUCCAUGGCAGAGGUGCACGACCUGGCCGAGGGCCUGGCAGGGGGGGCAGUGGGAGCUCUGCAGAGCUUCAAUGCAGAGGUUGUGGUCAACGGAGACAGCCAAAGCGUGGAGGCGGUCGACCUGAGUUUCGACCGCACCGCCAGUUUGGCGAUUCCGGAGCAGGAAGAAGUGGAUGGGGAGGAUGCCAUCGAGGGAGAGCAGGAGGAGCUGGAAGUCCUGGUUAAUGGGGCCACUGAUUUCGCCACUGACGUCACAGCUGAUGUCACGGCUGACGUCACAGCUGAUGUCACGGCUGACAUCACAGCUGAUGUCACAGCUGACAUCAAGGCUGAUGCCGUGGCUGAUGUCGCGGCUGAUGUCGCUGCGGAAGUCGGGGCUGAUGUCAUGGCUGAUGUCGUUUCACAGAAUGCUGUUUCCGUGGCAGCCGUUGCUGUGGAGCAAGCAUCUUAAUCAGUAAUUAGUUUGAUACUUGGAUCUUUAAAGGUGACAUAUUAUACCCCCAGGUGUGAGUUUGAUCAGCCGUUACAAGCCGUUUUGAAAAUCUGCCUCUUCUGACAUCAAAAGUUGGCGUGUCCACCUAUAUAUAAGACAGAUAGAUGAGCAACGUUUGCCGCAGUCCACUGGGUAGGCUGGUAGACUGAUCUAUCCAGCACACAUAUAGGUGGACACGCCCACUUGUGAUAACAUAAGAGGCAGAUUUUUCAAAACCUAAAAUCUAAAAUAAAUCAACUUACACUACCACCUGGUUUUAUAAUAUGUCCCCUUUAAAUGUUUUGCUUGUUUUGACUGGUUUUAAUUAGAAGUUGUCUUUCUAAAUUGUCACUGUUUGUUUGGCAACUCUUUUAAUGUUGUAUUACUUCUCACAGUCUUGCAUCAUCCCACCUUAAUACCGAUGUGCCCCUAGACAACAGUAGUCUAGAGAGGAUUAACACUGGCUGCAUCCGAAUACUUAGUACAUACAGUACUAUUUCUGUUCAGUGUCUACUACUUGACCGUACUACACUUGACAGUAGAUGCGUUUCCACCCCCUGAUUUUAUGCAAACUUUGAAGUAUCAAAUCAGUAAACGGUGAUGGAAACACCAAAAUUCGCAUUAAAAAUCCUCUAAUUUGCAAAAAAGUUUAUCCGCUCGCAUGAGGUGGUUUUUGAGAAAUGCGAAAGAGUAAAUUCGCAAAAUGCCGAGAUGGAAACACACUUUUCGAAACAGCUGUGACGUAGCGAACUUUGAACACACAGGACUCUUCUCUAUUGGCGGACUAACCGCUUUUUGUUACAUUUGUUCCAGCUUUUCUACUUCUACUUCUACCAUUUAUUACAGCCACGUAUCGGCAUACAUUUUUUGCCUACAGCGCCACCUCCAGGCAGAACUAGGGUAGUAUCCCGCUCCAACCACUUGAUGGAAACGCACCUAAUUCAAAUUACUUUUUUGCGAACUUUCUAAAUGUUCGCAUCACUUUUUAGAUGGAAACGCAGCUACUGUAGUACGCCUCCGAACACCGCCGAAACUCCACCGGAUGUUCGGAGAUGACGUAUCUCCCUUCAGAUGCCGGCAAAAUUACCUUGAUAAGUUACCCUUUUUCCGUCUUGUCAUCAUUGCUACUAAAUUAAAAAUGUCUCCUUCUAAUUACCGAUUAAAGAAACAUUUAAUACUUGUACUUACAUUUCGAUAUUUCGAAAUUUGCGGCAGCCGCUGUUGGUGGUGUCGGGUCAGCCAUCUCUUCUUCGUCCGUUACCAGACUCCGGUUGCAUUGUGGGAUAGCGUAGUGACCUACCGUUGUACACUGUGGUGGUAGUACACAUUCGGAAAUGUUUUCCGUACUACACAAUGCGUACUGAGCAUUCGGACGCACUAUAUUUGUGGCGUACUACAAAAUGCAUACUAUAUAGAAGUCAAGUAUGAGUAUUCGGAUUCAGCCACUGUCUUUCUACUUUUUCUUUCUUAACCUGUUUGACAAUAACCUAACUGAUACACGAGUUAAUAGCAUGAAUCCAACCCAAUGCAGGUUUUUCCCUAGACCCCCUGUGUGGUGGUCUCCAAACGUACAGCCUUUUUGUGUCACAUUCACAAUAACUCACUCUCACAGAACUAAACCCAAGCCAUUCAGGACCCCCAUAUCUACGGGGUGAGCGGAAAACCAUCUUCCUCCUCCGCCUCCUCUGUUGGUCUUUCUCAGGAACGCACUAUCCGGCGAAGAAGUGGACUCUUUGUUCAUUUGAAAGAAUUAAAGGAAAAAACAUUACUGCCCGCAGCUGGUGGAGUCGGUGGGUUGCCAGGUUGUGUUGAAGAGGGAAUGGGACGUUUCAAUUGCAUGUUUUCAAAAGAGCAGACCCAGAGUUUUUUUGUUGACUUCAUUUCCCAGAAGCUGAUACAAGAACGUCCAAUGUCCUUAACUUCCUGUAAACACAUUAACGCGUCCACUGUCCACAUCCACACAUAUGUUGAAUCUAGAUUCAUAUCAACUAGCUAAUUUGUUUUAACAGGGAAAGUAUACUUACACCAACUUGGUACACUUGUGACUCAUGGAAAAUUGGGGGGUUCAAUUCUUAGUGUUGUUUUGCUCAGUGACGACAAAUUGAUAUGAUAAUCUUAAUGUAUUAAAUAUAUUCUUAAUACAAUAAUAACAAUAGCAAGAUAUACCCAUGUUUUUGUAUGCUGCAAAUACACAAAACACUGCUUGGGUGCUCAAUGACAGGUAGAAGGGAAAUAUGGGUUUUCAUUCAAGGUUUUCUUUACUUGUUCGUUUGUGUGUUUGUUUACAGGAAAUAGUCAACAUUAUUAAUCAAUAUGUACUAUUUUGACACUAUCCAACACAAGCUUUAACAAAUGUAUGGUUGCAUCAAUUAAUAUAAGGCCUUCGAUAAUUCUUCAUUGAAUAUCCGUACUAAAACUUAUGUUGCAUCCAUUUGUAUUUAGUUUUAUGAUACCGUCUUAUUUGAGGAACUAUUUUGUUGAUGUCAACAAAUCGUUGCUGAACCUUUGCUGGUUAAACAUUUUCCUUAAUACAACCUUUUUGUGUGUUA